UUUAGGAACACCGACCCCUCUCCACACGGCAGGACACGAGACCUACGCCGAGUGACUCCACUCAAACCAUCUGGCAGGAGUGAGAACAAAAACCAAGAAACAAAGUUUAGCGUUUCUCGAUGGUUUUAUAUUUCCGGCUUUAUUUGUAGGCUGAAGCAGGGGGAAGUUAUGUAUGUGGAGAAUACAUGUGGACCUCUUUCUGGUUUUCCUGUAAGUUUCUGCGGCUAAACAAAAGGUGGAAGACGAAAGAUUUGCCGACCCUCAUACCCACACCGGGGCGAAGCAAGUUAUGAUCCCGCGGGAGAAAGCGCUUCUGGGCCUGCCAAGAACUUAAAUGCAUAAGACCGUGUAUCGGGAGAGAGGCUGGCGCAGGACAAGAAACGGAUUUGGGAUUUUUUGGAGGUACAGCUGAAGAGCAGGAGACGGAGAUGUCUAUGUGGAUGAUAUUACCCGUCAGCCUCCCUGCCUUGACCAUAACUGGGAUAUGGGUUGUGUAUGCCAUGGCGCUGUAUAACCAGCAUGUUUGCCCAGUGGAUAAUUGGUUGUAUAACCAGUCAUGUGAAGAGGAAUUGCCCUUGCAGAGUGGUCCCAUACUGUGCUGUACUCUGGACAAUGUGCCACUGAUCAGUAAGUGUGGGACAUUGCCUCCAGAGAGCUGCUUCUUCAGUCUAAUCUGCAGUACCGGAUCAUUCAUGGUGAUGGUGAUAGUGUUGCUGCGGUAUGCUCACGUUAUUGAGAAACACCAGAACUGCGUCCUGAACACAGCAAGUCUGUCUACGGGCUGGAUCUGUGCCGCUGGUCUAAUCAUGGUCGGAAACUUCCAGGUGGAUUACGCCAAGGUACUACACUAUGUCGGAGCAGGCGUGGCCUUCCCUACCAGCAUGCUCUUUGUGUGUCUGCAGUCUGCACUGACGUAUCGGCUGGCUAAGACUCAGGGAGACUACUUCAUGGCUCACAUGCGAGUGGGCAUGUCUCUGCUGGCAUUCGUCGCCCUAGUGCUCAGUGGUGUGUUUUUUGUCCAGGAGAGCUUUGUGCUGCAGCACGCCUCAGCCAUAUUUGAAUGGGUUUUCUGUGUGAUCAUCAUGUUGUUUUAUGGGACUUUUGCCUUUGAAUUUUCCACCGUGACCUCCAACACUUUGAUGGUCUUGGCUAAGGGAGGAGCUCAAUCCACAAGUCACCAGGACAAAAUGGAGGGUCUGGGGACAGCCAAUCAACAUCCACCAGAGAGCAUGACUAUGCUUUAACACGCUUCACCCCGGAAACACACACAAACACACAGCAGAAGGAUGUAGAGAGCUGGGACCUAAAUCUCAUAUCCUGAGCUAAUUUGCCAAAGAACAUUGCUGAAAUUUUGCACAUUUUUGAAAGACCAAAAUAUUCAAUCUUUCUUCUUACCAGUCCAUGUUUGAUUAUGCAUUCUGUGGAAAGCCUUAAAGCAUGGCCUUUUUAUGCUGAAGUUUCAGCAGAGGAUCUCUGCUGAUUAGCCAGUUGGAACUUCAAAUUCGAUUGGGUGGAGUGAGGGGAGACCAGAAUAAGUUUUCCGGCUGCUGGUUGGCCGUUCUGCUGCUUCCUGUGGGAAGGGCUAAUCUGCAUUUCAGAAGGACUAAAGUUGAAAAAAUCCUUAUAUUUUUGUUCUGGGAGAAAGCCAGUACAGUGCUAAACACAAUCAUUUCAGGUUGUUUAUUCACAGAUCAUAUAAAUAGACUGAAUGUUACUGUUCUGAGAUCCCUCAGUGAUCAUACGCUGCCCCCAGCUAUGAGUAUGCUCCUGUUGGGCAAGUGGGUGUCCUAGGAUCUUAAUGUUUUCCCCACCAUUGUGCCUUAUGAAAAGGGACCAAGUUAAACUGUUAAAAGGACGUCUGCAUACUCGGCGUCAUUCAAGUGUCUUCUAUUUCUCAAAGAGAAAAUGUACAAAGUUUUAAACGUCUGAAGAUGUGUUUUUUUCACUGUUUCACAAAAUGGAUGGCUCAGAAUUGAGGACAAAGAGAUUCCAAUGUGUUUGGAUGUACAGCGGAAUCAAUGCAGGACAGUGGAGUUUAGCACACAAACUGAUAGGAUAUAUCCAGCAGUUACUAAGUGUGUGUUCGUGUGCCUGACUGUAUGUAUGCGUGUUAAUGUGUGUGCGCACAGAGGUAGUAGCUCAUGUACUUUUUUUGUUUUGUUUUGGUUUUUUUUGUUUCCUUGUUGCUAUGGUGACAGGAAGGAGGAGGUUACAGGGUGAGGAGAGCUGGACAUGAUGUGUGUAAAUGUGACUCUGGCAUUUGUCCAGAGUGCGUGUGCGUGUGUGUG